AUGGCCCUAACCAACCAGAAAAGCCCUCGCAACCCUGACGACUUCCCCGCCGCACAGCUCUUCCUCCUUGCCAUCGUCCGUCUUGCCGAGCCCAUUGCCCUCACAUCCAUCUUUCCCUAUGCUUGGGCACUCGUUAAGAGAUUCGAGAUUGGCAAUGCUGAAGAUGCAUCCUUCUACGCCGGCCUCCUCAUCUCCUCCUUCUCCCUCGCGGAGGCCCUGAUGGGCAUGUACUGGGGUGGUCUGUCUGAUCGUAUCGGACGCAAGCCCGUACUGCUCUUGGGAUGCAUCGGCACCAUGUUCAGCAUGGUCAUGGUCGGUUUCGCCUCCAACAUUUGGAUCGCCUUGAUCGGCAGAGCCAUUGGCGGUCUCCUCAACGGCAACAUCGGUGUUAUUCAGACCAUGGUCGGCGAGUUGGUUACCAAGCCAGAACAUGAGCCUCGCGCUUUCUCGGUCAUGCCGUUUGUGUGGUCUAUCGGUACAAUCAUUGGUCCCUUUAUUGGAGGUACCUUUGCCAACCCCCACGAUGCCUUCCCCAACGUCUUCCCUGUUGAUGGAUUGUUCUACCGAUACCCCUACCUGCUUCCCAACCUCGUCUGCGCCGCCCUGCUCUUUGUCAGCAUCAUCCUCGGUUACUUCCUUCUGGAAGAGACUCACCCCGAUAUGCAGCCCCGCGUUUCCCUCCCAGAUGAGACCUUUGCGUCGGAAGAGACUCCCUUGUUGGAGACGAUGGAUGCUAUGAAGCGACCGGCUGUUGACAUGAGAGACGAGAACUACGGCACCCUCCGAGGCCGCGAUGUCCAGAACGCCACCAAGAAGUUCGAGCCUUACAACAUCUACACCAAGCCCAUCAUCUCGCUCAUUGCCGCCCUCUGCAUCUUCACCUACCACUCGAUGACCUACGACCACCUUCUUCCCAUCUUCUUCGAAGACGACCGCGCCUCGUCCGAUCCCAUGUCCAUCCUCACCUCCUCCUCCAGCCCGUUCUACACGCCCGGUGGCUUGGGCCUGUCCCUCCGUGCCGUGGGCAUGAUCAUGGCCGUCAACGGUGUCAUCGCCUUGUUCGUCCAGGCCGUCAUCUUCCCCUUCGCCGCUGAGAAGCUUGGUGUCUACCGCCUGUUCAUCAUCGUCACCGUUCUGCACCCGAUUGCCUACGUCAUGGUCCCGAACCUGCUGUUCCUUCCCGACUCGAUGCUCUACGCCGGCAUCUACGUCUGCCUGGCUGUCCGAAACGUCCUCUCCAUCAUCCUCUACCCUCUCCUUCUGAUCUUGAUCAAGGAGGCCACCCCGGACCCCAAGGCUCUCGGCAAGGUCAACGGCCUGGCAGCAAGCGCCGCUGCCGGCUUCCGCAUGAUCGCCCCGCCCGUUGCCGGAUGGCUGUACACGGCGGGAAGCAAGGUCGACUGCACUGCAUUGGCGUGGUAUGGCAGCGCUGUGGUUGCCGUCUUCGGCGCGAUCCAGUGCUUCUCCGUGAAGCGCGAGCGCAAGGACGAGCUGUUUGAGGAGGAGGCCCAACCCAUUCUGCACAAGAAGGAGUCCCGCGUGUCAGUCACUGAGGUGUUUUCGGACGACGAGUGA